CCGGUACAGGCCGCCUCUACCGCCCCCGCUCAAUCAACACCUUCCCCGCCCAAACCCUCGCAAAAUGCCAACUAUCCGCUGGACUACCCAAAACCGCACACCCCGAAGACAUCAUCCUGUCAGCCUUGAAGUCCCCAUGUUUUACGCAUCCAUUAUUCAGCCCCCUGUUGCCAUGUUUAGAGACAAUCGUCUCACCCCUCCUAACGGCCUUCAAAUCCGGGGACCGCUCAUUCUCCUCCUCGGCGCAUUUAGUCGAGACAGCGACAUCUGUCCGGACCAUCUCCUCCUCCCUCUCCCACACUCGGAUCAAAACACCGAUGACGAACGUGAUGGUAAUUACAAAGCCGAGGGAUAAUGCUUUGGUGGGGAUGACGAGGGAGGUUUGUGAAUGGUUGAUGAUGCAACGGUCACCCCCGAGCUCGGGGUCGGGGAUGAAGGAGGGGAGGGGUGUGAGGGUUUGGGUUGAUCAACAGUUGGAGCAUAGUGCACGGUUUGCGGUGGAGGGGGUUAGAAGGAGGGUUGGGCAGAGAGGGGGACGGGGUGAGGUGAGGUUUUGGGAGGGGGGGAUGUGUUGGGAUAAACCCGAGAUGUUCGAUCUCGUAUUGACGCUUGGUGGAGAUGGAACGGUGCUUUACAGUUCGUGGUUAUUUCAGCGAAUCGUACCACCGGUUCUCUCCUUCUCCCUCGGGAGUUUGGGGUUCCUGACGCCGUUUGGGUUCGAGAAAUACGAGUCUAUCCUCGAUGAUAUCUUCAAGAACGGGAUCCAAGUCAACCUCCGCAUGCGCUUCACCUGCACGAUCUACCGCUCCGGUCCCAACGGGGACUCGACACCUGAGGAGUCAAGCCACCAACACGAAGUCCUAAACGAAAUCACAAUCGACAGAGGUCCCUCGCCCUACCUCUCAAACCUCCACAUCUACUCCGGCAACACCGCUAAACUCCUCACAAUCGUCCAAGCGGACGGCCUAAUCCUCUCCACCCCCACGGGAUCGACCGCGUACUCGUUGAGUGCGGGAGGAAGCUUAGUCCAUCCGGACAUAUCCGCAAUCCUCCUGACGCCUAUUUGUCCUCACACGUUGAGCUUUCGGCCGAUGUUAUUACCAGACACGAUGUCCCUCCGAAUCCACCUCCCCCCCCACGCGCGUUCAUCCGCCUGGUGCGCAUUCGAUGGUCGUGGGCGGACGGAACUCCAGCCGGGUGACUCGGUAUUGGUUGAAGCGAGUAGGUGGCCGUUUCCGACGGUGAGUGUGGGUGGGGGGGAGGAGGAGUUUGUGGAGAGUGUGGGGAGGACGUUGAGGUGGAAUGUUAGGGAGGGGCAGAAGGGGUUUGGCGGUGGGGGUGUUGGGGGGAAGGAUGGGGAGGAGGAGUUUGAUAUUGUGUAG